AUUGCUGUUUCGUUUCGAGCGAAUACUUUCCCAGAGCGCUACAGAUGAGUUCCCAGAGGUUAAGUCCAUACGGACUGAAGAGCCUGGUGGAGUGUGUUUGCAGGGCAACACUCUUAUCACAACCAGCUCACAUCCCGAAGUUUUUGGCUCAGUAUUUGUCAGAGCUGAUCGACUUCAGAGGACCAAACCAUGAAGCAGAUAACAAAGUGGUCUCCUUCCAGCACCACGAGCUAUGGGAGAAAAUGUUCUUCGGAAAUAUGAGGCAACAGUGUGACAAGGGGGACUCGUCUGCAACACCAACAAAACGUGGGAAAAGAAAUAGAAAGGCACAAGACGGUAAAGAUUUUCCCAUUGUUUAUCAACAGGAAUUUCCAACUUCUCCUGAAUCAGAUGUUUCAGAUUCAAAUCCAAGUGCAGACACUGCACCUCCAAGUGAUUUAAAACUGGUGACACCUUUCAGAGUGAAGACACGUAGAGUAUCUUCCCUCUUUCUUCCUGUGGGCACAGCAAAUAGAGCAUCAGAAACACAACAUAAUCCCUCUUCAUCUUCUAGUCUUCAACGACCGACACCACCACCUCCUAGUGUGUUAAAACAGUCAGGGAAGAUGUUGGCACCACCACCUUCCGCUAGAGCAGAAAUGAAGCCACAGCCUCCCCGCGACAGAAGCACGAAGACACAAAAAAUGUCCCCAGGGAGGUUUCCUCGGCAGCAAGAGAGUAAAAAAACUGCCGUCACCUCCAAAACAAAACAACCCACAUCUGGAACAUCUAAAUACAUUUCAGCUGAACCUAAGGGCUCAGGACCACAGGGCACCAGGACACGGUGUAUAAAACCUAAGGUCCCAGGACCAGAGAGCUCCAGGUCACAGCCAAGACCAGAGAGCUCCAGGACACAGCCAAGACCAGAGAGCUCCAGGACACAGCCAAGACCAGAGAGCUCCAGGACACAGCCAGUAUCAGAGAGUAUUAAGAAACACUCUACAAAACCUAAAGUCCCAGGACCAGAGAGCUCCAGGACACAGCCAGUAUCAGAGAGUAUUAAGAAACACUCUACAAAACCUAAGGUCCCAGGACCAGAGAGCUCCAGGUCACAGCCAAGACCAGAGAGCUCCAGGUCACAGCCAAGACCAGAGAGCUCCAGGACACAGCCAAGACCAGAGAGCUCCAGGACACAGCCAGCAUCAGAGAGUAUUAAGAAACACUCUACAAAACCUAAGGUUCCAGGACCAGAGAACUCCAGGUUACAGCCAGUACCAGAGAGUAUUAAGAAACACUCUACAAAACCUAAGGUCCCAGGACCAGAGAGCUCCAGGUCACAGCCAAGACCAGAGAGCUCCAGGUCACAGCCAAGACCAGAGAGCUCCAGGUCACAGCCAAGACCAGAGAGCUCCAGGACACAGCCAGUAUCAGAGAGUGUUAAGAAACACUCUACAAAACCUAAAGUCCCAGGACCAGAGAGCUCCAGGUCACAGCCAGUACCAGAGAGUAUUAAGAAACACUCUACAAAACCUAAGGUCCCAGGACCAGAGAGCUCCAGGUUACAGCCAAGACCAGAGAGCUCCAGGUUACAGCCAAGACCAGAGAGCUCCAGGUUACAGCCAAGACCAGAGAGCUCCAGGUUACAGCCAAUACCAGAGCCAGAGAGUAUUAAGAAACAGUUUACAAAACCUAAAGUCCCAGGACCACAGAUCACCAGGGCUCUGCACCCAAAACCUUGGAACCAAACACAAGAGAAGACAGCUGCAGAGCACACCAAGCACCCCGUCCACGCCCGCAGCAACACCAAGAGCAUCAGCGCCAGCAUCCUCCUCAGCCAGCCCUGUCUCAACAUCAGCCACAACCCCAGAGAGACCACCUGA